UGCGCGUACGCAAACAGCGACUGACCGGCAGAAUGAGCGCACCGCACGCGCCGCGGGCUCUCUGCGCGAGCGCCAUCCUCUGCGUCCUGUUGGCACGGUCGACCGCAACCAUCCGCGCCGCCGCUUCAACCCCCGACGACACCCCACAACCCGCAAACCUGAAAAACGACAACCUCCCAACGAAAACACUCGAAUUAUUCGACGGUGUGACUGUGAAAAUCCCCCAUGAUGCCAACUCCACAGAAAAACUCAUCUCCUUCGAAAUCGAUACCAAGAAAGACAUCGAAACAGGUCGAGGCAAACAGAAGAAACUGAUGCAACGUAUUCUGCCGAUGUUCAUCAUGCCGUUCCUGAUCCAGUCAACCAUAGUGCCCUUCUUCCUGAGUAUGCUCAAGUUUAUGCUCUUCAAGUCCAUGAUGGUCGGGAAACUCGCACUCGCCCUUAUACUCUUCAAUGCCUUCAGAAACCACAACUCUGUCAAAGGACGGGACGCACAAAUGGCCGACGUCCACUACGGUUACCAUGACAACACCAUGGAACCAUACAGUGCUUAUUUUAAUUAAGUUUCUAAAAGUAGGUAUUACCAGGGCAGGGUUUCUCAACGUGGAUUUCACGGACCAUAUUAGUUUGCAAAUAUUUAUUUUUGUGACAGUACCUAUACUUUUUUCUAUACGAAGUUUUUAUCAAAAUAAUAUGUUUGCUAUUGUAUGGUAAAACAGGGGUAUGUGAUGCUAUAAGUUUGAGAAACUCUGCCUUGGUGUAAUCUAACUGCAGCAUUUAAUCAUUGUGGGUAAAGAGGCACGCAGUCGGGAUAUAACCUGCCUAUAAACAGGGCUGUUAGCCUUAGUAUGUCUUAUUUAAAUAGGCGUAUGAUAUUCCUGACUGUUUUCCUUCUGAAAGUCUGAGUAUUACUUAUAUUGUUAGCUGACUGUGCAAUCAGAAUAAGUAUUACAGUACAUUUUAAACACCUAUCAAAGAAAUUAAAUGUAAGUCAUCUCUUUUCUACGUCAUAGAUGUAAGUAAAUACUAAAGUACCAAUGUUCUUUCUUCUAAUGUAUUUAACAUAUACAGGGUGUUAGUGACAUCGUAACAGAAAACUUUCGGGCGGACGGAAAAUUUCACUUGAUAUUAAAUCAGAAUCAUGGUCUGAAUCAUCCCCCUCAGUAUCCGUUACGAUGUCACUAACACCCUGUAUUUAUAGCUAGAUAGUAACAGUAUAAUAUACUUAAUUACUUAUAACUAUUUAUAACAAUAAUGUAUAAACACGAAAGUAUAAUGAAAACAUGAAUAAUUGAAUAUAUUGAUUGUAGUUUUGUAAGAACCUAACAAAACAGGCAUUUAAAUAUUGCUAAACACUAUCAACAUGUUAAAGAACUAUUAUGAUCUUUUAUCUUCUGAAACAGAAAAUAAUACGCAGUAACACGUUGAAAAUAAACAAAGUAGUGAAAGGCGCCAAACAGUGUAAUUACUGUACUAUUAUAUAAACGCAGAUUAAAGCGGUGCGAGUCACAUUCACGUCAUGAAUUAUUACUUAUACGAGUAUAAGUACUUAUCUAUUAGCAAUACUCGUUUAUCCGCACUGUCUCUUUGACUAAAAAUAACUUGUUAAAGCAAGAAGAUAAAAUGUUAUAGCUAAAAGGGUAGUUCUCAAAUUAUGUUCUUACUUUUGUAUAAUUACUUAAUUUGACCGAAUUAUGGGUGGUAUUAAUAAACUAAUCUCAACUUUCACAUUGCCCUCAAGAUCGCGUCAAUGUGACAGUUCUUAUAUAAAAACAAGGCCUUGAGCGUGUCUUUGAGACUCUCUCAUCUGAGAUUAGUAUAUUUAUUUUAUUCUUAUUCUUAAUACCAACCUACAUGUCAAAUAUGCAAACUGAAAUUACCUCAAGAUCCUGAAACUUGCGCAAACAAUGGCCUCUUCAGACGCCUCAUUAUUUCUAUUAAUUUACAAAAUGAUCAAUUAUCCCUUUUAGUAACGAUAGAAUGAUUAAAGAUUAAAAUUAAACCAAUUAUAGCAACAUCCGUUAAGGAUUGAUAAUGGGGUAACGAAUAUUAGCGGCUUUUUGAUGAGGGUUAAGUAUGAACAUAUUUCGCACAUGAAAUGGAAUUUUCCAAAAACUUAUGCAUCAGGUACGUGUCAGAGUUUUCAGUGAAUAAAACAAAAUAUUUUUUUACCUGUGCUCUGCACAGCUAUGACUCUGACACAAACCUAUGUCCUCAGCCAAACGUGUUUUUAAGCAUCUUUGGCAAGUAUAGUUAUCAUUUCCUUUCCGUUUGUCUGGCCAAAAUAAGCCGCCCGAAAGAAGUGAACAAUAAUAAAAUGUUGUUUGUUAAAUCGCUUUAAAAAUGUGUCGCAACCGCAAUUUUUUGUUACUUUUGGGUAAUGUCGCGAUACCGAUACGGUUCGACGACGCGCGGUGGGCGCAAGAGUGUCGCUUUCAAAAGUCUGUUUUCUUUACGACCAAAUAAGCUUAUUUAUACGGUUGUGUGUUUCAUUAUAUUACUGCUGCCCGGGUCAAAUAUACCAUUGAGUUGAAUAACUAUUUAUGCAAUGCUAACUAAGUAUACGUUUCAUUGAAAUAACUUAAUUUGUCAAUAAAAAUAGUAAGAUAAUUUAUAUUUAUCAGUGGAGCAGUGUGGUGGAGUAUGCUCCAUACCCCCUCCGGUUGAUUGAGGGGAGGCUCAUCCCCAGCAGUGUGACAUAAAUAUGCUGUUUAUCUAUACGUUACGCUAUGUACUUAAUUGAUAUUUAUAAAACUUGUAGUGAAUAAGUGACAACAUUAUUUAUUCUUAGAAAAGAAGUGAGCUUGAUGUAAUUUAUUUUAUUUAUUAAAGUAAGAAUUGAUGUGUGCUUGCGUUUGUGUAAAUAUGUAAUGGGUAUUAAGCCAUUUUUGUUUUUGAAAUAAAAUUGAGUCUUCAACAGGAA